AUGGGAAUUCUCUCUUGCCACUCGGCAUCGUGGUGUUGUGUUGUAAACUUGAGAGCGAAAUUAGUUGAUAAAAGCCUCAGCUCAAAUCCAUCAAAACUUUCUGCAGUGAGAAAACAAAAAUUUGUGCGGAUUGCAGUUAAAUCUGAAUGGGAGUUUUUGAAAUAUCCUCAUCUAGAUUCCAAUAGCUCGAAGGGUUUUGACCAAAAUCAAGGUUUUAAAUCAUCCAAUGCUCUUAAAGGGUCGAGUGAAAGUUAUAAUUCCUAUGUAAUUGAUGGGGCUGAGGGUGGAGGAAUUGUGACUGAAAGUGGGGACUCGGUACCCAAGGUCUUGAUUCCCAGUUUGCAGGGUGAAUCUGAUGGUGAUUCUGGUGCUCCGAUUAGAAGUUGUUUCUGGGAAUGGAAACCCAAACUAAAUGUGCAUUAUGAAAAAUCAGGGUCUGAAAAUAUUAGUUCCCCCGCGGUGCUCUUUCUUCCUGGUUUUGGUGUUGGUUCCUUCCAUUAUGAGAAGCAAUUGAAGGAUCUGGGGCGUGAUUCUAGAGCAUGGGCAUUGGAUUUUCUUGGGCAGGGCAUGUCAUUGCCAUGUGAAGAUCCUACUCCUCAGGCUACAGAUAGAGAUAAAGCAGGUGGGGAGAAUUAUGUUUGGGGUUUUGGAGAUGAAACUGAACCUUGGGCAAAAGAGCUUGUUUAUUCUAUUGAUUUAUGGCAGGACCAAGUUCAAUACUUCAUAGAAGAGCUUUAUGUUGCUACCGAUGCAGAGCAUUGUUAUGGAUGA